AUGACGAUGGCCGUAGAAGACGGCGCCAUCAUCGGCCGUCUGCUCGGACAGCUCAACCGCCAGCUCAGCCAGGGCGUCAUCCCGGCGUCGCUACAGCGCGAAAGCAUCAGCAGCGUGCUGGGGCUAUAUGAGAAGUCGCAGAAGCGCCGGACUACGACCAACGUGAAGGGCGCAAUCAACAACCGUAGUUUCUACCACAUGCCUGACGGGCCAGAACAAGAAGCCCGCGAUGCAGAAUUGGCGCGACACACGUGGACCGACGAGACGUCUGACUAUAUGUGGUGCAACAUGGCCUACAACAAGGAGCUUCUCGGCACAGACAGUCUGAGCAAUGCCGAUGCGCUGUUUGACGACUGGCUAGAGACGGUUCAUCCCAAGAUGGCGAAGCUUGAACGGGACUCCUCCGGCGGAGAGGGUACGAGGGAUGGCUUGGGAGUACGGCCGCCGCAUCAUUCGGGUGCUGUGUCGUGCUAG